UUUCCACAAAUACGAACCUAACCCCCCAAACGGGCCCAAAAUCGCACAGCACUCGGCGGCGGCGGCGCUCCGCCGCCUUUUGGGGCCGGUUUGGGCCGCCAACGGCCCCGCGAACGCGGAAAAUCGGCAUUUUUGUGCACGGCGACACUUUCCCUUUAUGCCUUCUCCACGUUGAUGACAGCGCCAACCGUGCUAAUUUCCCGAAAUUUUUGUUGAAAUGCCCCCUACAUCCAGCUUCGUCAAGUAUGGAUUGUCACGGAUUUAGCGGCAAAAUUGGGGCCCUGGGGGGCUGCAGGGGACGGAUGCGGCCCAGAAGCGACUCGGCGUCCUAUUUUUAACGCAGCUGCAGUUAAACGGGAAAAUGGCGGCAGGCUGCCUUGACGAACAUUUCGAAUUGAGUAGAAUACGUGCAGUAUGACUGCACAAUUCACCCAAAAUCCAAUCAAAUUGGAAGGUGUGGAUUCCUCGGAGAAUGUUACAGAGAUCCAAUCUUAUUUGGCUGGAUUUCAAAAGGAAAUCGGGAAUGAUGCCCCCAUACACCAAGUUGCAGCAGAAGAAAAUGAAGGAGAGGCUGAAGAAGGCACUUACUUUGUUGAUCAAGCUGGUCUUUAUUAUUACCAGGCGAAAGGUGAUGGACAGCCAGUUAUGACGGUUAUGACAGGGAUUUCUGAAUCGGGAGGCGAUGAAGGUGAAGAGUUUAUAAUUAAUCCUCACAAUGAAGAAGAAAUGGAAACUGAAGAAGGGGAAGAGGCACUACCGGUUCAAGAAUCCGAAAACCAGAUCCUCAUCAACUCGGGUAACGCUUAUCAAAGAGUCACAGUAGUGCCGGCCGACACCAACUCCAGCGAACUCAGUUACGUGCUGAUAGUACAAGAUCCAUCGGAUUUGAAGGACGGAGAGCAAACCGACGGAGAGCAGGAUAUGACGGUCUACGAUUUCGACGAAGGCGAAGAAGGAGGUGUGAUAGAUUCGGAGACAGACGACGACAAGUCAAAGAUAGUCAAAAUCUUACCGCGGAAGUCGCAGGUGGUUUCGCAAGCCCACAUGUGCAACUACUGUAAUUAUACGAGUCCGAAGCGCUAUCUUCUGUCCCGUCACAUGAAGUCCCAUUCGGAAGAGCGACCACAUAAGUGUAGCGUUUGCGAAAGGGGUUUCAAGACUUUAGCAUCACUGCAGAACCAUGUGAAUACGCAUACGGGUACUAAGCCACAUUCUUGCAAAUAUUGUGAUUCGGCGUUUACUACGUCAGGGGAAUUGGUGAGGCAUGUGAGGUAUAAGCAUACUCAUGAAAAGCCUCAUAAAUGUCCAGAGUGUGAAUAUGCUAGUGUUGAAUUGUCGAAGUUAAAGCGGCAUAUUCGGUGUCAUACUGGCGAACGACCGUAUCAGUGUCCACACUGUACAUACGCUAGUCCAGACACCUUCAAGCUAAAGCGCCAUCUACGAAUACACACCGGCGAAAAACCGUACGAAUGUGACAUUUGCAAAACUAAAUUUACUCAGUCCAAUAGUUUAAAGGCUCACAAAUUAACCCAUAAUAUUGGUGAUAAACCCGUCUUUCAUUGUGAAUUUUGCCCCACUACCUGUGGGAGAAAAACAGACUUACGAAUUCACGUCCAAAAGCUUCACACUUCUGAUAAGCCAUUAAAAUGUAAAAGAUGCGGUAAAUCAUUCCCUGACAGGUAUAGUUACAAGGUUCAUAAUAAAACUCACGAGGGUGAAAAAUGUUACAAAUGCGAUUUAUGUCCAUACGCUUCGAUAUCAGCACGCCAUCUGGAGUCGCACAUGCUCAUUCACACAGACCAAAAACCGUACCAUUGUGAUCAAUGUGAUCAGAGUUUCCGUCAGAAGCAACUCCUUAAGAGGCACCAAAACUUGUACCAUAAUCCAGAUUACAUCCCUCCACCUCCUCGGGAAAAGACUCAUGAGUGUCCAGAAUGUUCGCGAGCCUUUAGACACAAAGGAAACCUCAUUAGACAUAUGGCGGCUCAUGAUCCCGAUCCGAGUAUUCAGAGGAAGCAGAUGGAAUUGAAAUUAGGUAGACAAAAGAAGAUACAGAUGAUCGACGGCCAACAGGUUGAGGUUAUACCGGGGAUGGAUUCGGACGAAGAGGACGAAGAAGGGGAGAUUGACAUGAUGGCUGUUGAAGGUUCUGAUGGUCAACAGUACGUUGUUCUGGAAGUCAUACAGUUGGCGGAUGGAGAGGAGCAAGCGAUGGUAGUAGGUGGAGAUGGGAGUAGUGAGUUAUUGAACGACAAUAUCAUGCCAGAUAGUGAUCUCAAUGGUGAAGAUGUUAUAAAAGCGUUGCAGUCAGCAAGAAGAGUGUACAAAUCUGAAGAGCCGAAGAAAGAGAGUACGGAAAAUGAUAUGCAGAAUUGCUUUGGGUUUGAUGAAGAUGAAGAGGAAGAGGAAGAAACGGGGAGGAAAGAAACCAUUACGCUUUUAGAUCAGAUUGACUGAAUUUCCACUUUUUUAAUUUUCUUGGAAAUUUCUGAACUUUAGAAAAUUUAUAAACAAGUAAUUUAAAAAGUGUAUUUUAAGAUUUAAAUUUAAUUUAUUUCACUUCUUUAUUAGUUUAUAAUUUAUUAGAUUGAUUUUAGCAGUGUAAAAUUUUGUACAUAUUAAGAAUUCCAGUCUACAAAUUAGAUCUUUUGUAUAUAUUUUCAUGUUAUUUGUAAUUGUAAUAAAUCUUCAUUUAAUAAACGAAUCAAAUACU